AUGGAGGUACCCGGAAAGAAGCGUGACCCUGGCCUUGACAAGGGUUCCGCUGACUCCACUGUCUACUGCCAGCCGUGUGGAGAGGGCGGUAAACGCGCUGUAGCCCAGGGCUUCUGUCAGACGUGCGAAGAGUACAUCUGUGCUCCCUGUUUCGGGUACCAUAAGCGAUUGAAGAUGUCCAGGAACCACAUUCUGCUGUCUAAAGACAAGAUGCCCUCUUUCUUUCCGACCACCAAGCAGUCAGCUAUCGCAGACACGGAGUAUUGUAAAGACCAUCCGAAGGAGAUGAUUAAAUUUUAUUGCCCGACCCACGGAUACCUUGGCUGUGGUGAUUGUGCCGUUCUCGACCAUCGCAGCUGUAAAGUUGACUACAUCGCUGAUGUGGCUAAAGAAUUUGUCAUUGGAAAUGAAUUCAGAGAGCUGGAACCAUCGAUUAAACGAGCUGAAGAUAUUUUAUCCGGGUUCAUUAGUAACGUCAAAGAGCUUUUUGGUGAUGUCAAAAACCAGUCUAAGGUUGAGAUAGAUAAACUGAGGAAGUUCCGUGCAGAAAUAAACACAUACCUGGACCGGCGGCGCGAGAAGGAGUUGCUCGACAACAUCGAGAAAGUCAAGACCGAGGAUGAGAACGCGCUGACUGCACUAAAGACCGAUUGUGAGUUGAUGAAAACCGGACUUGAGGCCAUUAGGACGGAACUGACUUCCGGUGACGUCUCGAUGAACCAGCAGUACGUGGCAGCAAGGCGAGGCCGAAAGGAGCUACGGGGGAUUCAUGACGAGAUGAAGAAGACAGCUGGUAGAAUGAAGGCUCGGAGGUACCGGUUUACUAAGGACGCGGACACGGAGCGGUUGCUGGGAACAUAUAUGGGCCUUGGAACACUGGACGUUCUGGGAGAGUUUCAAAAGAAUAGUAUGUAA